CACCAGUUAGGCUUAUAUAAACUCUGGCCUCUCAGGCUGUGAGACAUUGAUGGUCUAAGGCAAGCUGCAUUCAGCAGACACAGACAACAUCCACCAUGAGGCAUGUGAUGCUGCUAUGCUCUCUGAUGCUGCUCCCUUGCAGUUUUGCCCUUCCAGUAGCUCACAGAUCUGUAGUAUCAAAGCUCAAGGAUCUUAAAUUCAUAGAGACUUACCUUGACAGGUUCUUUCCCAUUGUGAAUAAAGCAAUCAAGGAGACCCUGGAGGAACGUAUAAGAAAACUGCAGGAGUUCUUCCAUUUGACUAUAACGGGAACAAUUGAUACAGAAACUGUAAAAAUAAUGGAACAGCCCAGAUGCGGAGUUCCUGAUAUCUUGGAAUACAGUACCUUUCCAAGAACACCAAAAUGGAAUAAGUAUUCAUUGACUUACAGGAUUAAUAACUACACCCCUGACAUGCCUAAAGACAAGGUGGAAGCAGCCAUAGCAAAGGCCCUUAAGGUUUGGAGUGAUGUGACCCCUCUCCAGUUCACAAGAACAACAAAGCCUGCUGAUAUUGAAAUUUGGUUUGCAUCUGGUGCCCAUGGUGACUUCUAUCCUUUUGAUGGGAGAAGUGGAACACUGGCCCAUGCUUUUGCUCCUGGAUCGGACACAGGGGGAGAUGCCCACUUUGAUGAGGAUGAGUCCUGGUCAGAAACCAAUAGAGAAGUCAACCUUUUCCUGGUUGCUGCACAUGAGUUUGGUCAUUCCUUGGGACUGGGUCACUCAAACGUCCUUGGUGCUUUGAUGUAUCCUACUUAUUCCUAUACGAACCCAGAAACCUUUCGCCUUCCAGCAGAUGACAGACGAGGAAUACAGCGAUUAUAUGGGAGAAGGUGGAAGUGAAUAACCUCAGUGUGUAUGUUUCAGAAGAAAUAAAAUGGAUCUAUUUUGUACUUAUAGUAAUUUUACAAUAUGUAUUAUCCUUUCAAUGAAACAAAAUGGCAAUAAUCCCUGAAAUUUUAAGUGGAGAAUAAUGAAGUGAAAUCUUAAAAUAAUCUCGUGCAAGGGGAUGCUUCUGCCCUAAACUCACAUUGUCAUGAUCCAAAUAAGUACUUUAGACACUCUGAGAUGGAGAAUUCCAUGACAAAAUCUUUUUUUAAGUAACUAGGCUGAAAUGUUCUUGAGAAAGUUGAUUAAAAUUAUAUAACGUAUUGUGUAUUAUACUCUCAAUGAACCUGAUUUCUUGUAAAACAGAAUAUGUAAGUAAAAGAUUGUGGCUAUGUUUGAACUAAACAGUGAAUGAAAUGCAGGUUAGAGUACUGCUCUUUUUAGAUUGCAAAAUCUUCAAAUAAAAGAGU